UAAGUUAACAAAAUGCAGGCCUCAUCCUAUGCAGAAUUACUUCAACAACUUCCAGUCGAUUCAAAUUUAUUUGAAUGGAAAUUUUAUGAUCCUCCUAGACAGUUCUUAUUAGUAACACAAGUAGAAAGACAAGAGUGGUCUCCUUCGUUAUGGACUUCAAAUAUAGCUCCUCGUUGGAAGUCUGUUUUGUGUGAUUUUAUUUUAAACACAAAGUCUUCAAAUGUUUGGGACCGACUAAUUAACGAAGCUCUAGAUAAUGCUAUUGACAAGUUAGUAGUAGCUUUCAUUGAAUUCCUGAAUGCCAUUCUGUUCUUCCGAAUAACGAGUCAUCAAGCAUUAGAAUUUUUACGCGAUGUUUUUGAUCAAUGUAAUAAACAUUUAAAUGGUAGCAACAAAACUAAUUCGCUUUCAGGAGACGGGUGCAGUAGUGACUUAUGGUAUCCAAGUGAGUCACGCAAAAACGAAUCUGCUACAAAAAGUUUAACGAAGCCUCUUGGAAAGAUAGCCAACAACUUUAGCAGCACGACAUCCAAACAGUCAGAUCCGCACGUCUUAUUGAUGAAUACACAAAUUCAUAUUUCAUUUCUAGAGGCUUUACGCUGGAGUAUGGAAUAUGCUACAGAAUUAUCCGAUCAAUUGACUCGUUCCUUGAUACCAAGUUUAGAAACUUCAAAGAAUACCCAAUCUUUAUCAACUACUUCUUCUCAUAGUCGAUCUAGUAUACAAUCAAAAGCUUUUGAUUUCUCGCGAUACCAACAACGUAUUUUUCACGUAUUAGAUGUUGUUGAGAAAAGUGGUAUACUUAGUUUAGUUGAGAUAAUUGCAAACAUUCCUUGCUCACAACUGGAUCAUGUUGGUUUUUGCAAAACCCGGGAUCAAUUGCCUCUAAUGAAGUUUUACGUCAGAUUAAGAACUAAAGAUGUCUUUACUCUACCUGUUUACAACCUAGAAAGCGAAAAUACUUUAGGCUACUCUAAACUCCACGUUUGCCUACAAGCCUUUAUAUCCAAUUCAUACGAUCACCAUUCCUGCGGUUGUUGGAAGUCAACUGUGAUUGAAAAGUUGCAAGACGAUAGUUCUCAUCCAAAUACAAAAUGUCUAGUUGCCCGCGGUUUGGUGGUUCAUCUGGAAAAAACAAUUGUGAAUUUCCAGCUUUGUGUAAAUCGUGUUGUUAUGAUUGUUCUACUCUAUACAGCACACUAUCUCUGUGUUGUUCGCCAUUCACUCCUUGAUGUUCUCCUAGAAUUAGUCCCCAAAGAAAAAAUUAUUUUUUGUUUUAAAUUCUUGUUAUCUCAAACCGAGAAAAACAUGAGUUCUGGACACUUAUCGUCACGGGAUAACAAUGCAGUAUGA